GUCUUUAUAAAUCAACUGCCCACUUGGGUUCGUCUGGAUUCUAGGGUUUCUCUGCUUUGCACGGGACAAAACCAGAGGAGCUGUCUUUCAAAACUCUUCUUUUUUUCUCUUCUUCCCCUUCUCUUCAAUUUUUCCUCACUUUGCUUUUGCUUUUUCUUCCUUGCCAAACAGAUCUCUUUCUGCAUCUUCAAUUUCAAAAUCCCAUCAAACCCUACACCCACCUAGGCUUCUCCUUGAAAAAUUUUGUAUUUCUCUCGGAAUUUCCAGCUUGUGGCCUAAUGCAACACGCUGAUCCCGCCGACAUCCCUAAUGAAUCGGUUGAAAAUCCCAAGAAGGAACAGAGACAAGAUGAAGGUGCCGCCCCCACCGCUAGCACGACCAGCAUCGAUAAUGAGGAUAGGAGCAGCUCAAGUACUGGCGAGGAGUUGGUUCUCGAUAUUUCUGGUAAAAGCUUGGAUUUUCCUUUGCUUGAGGACUCCGUGGGAUCGUUAGAGGGGGUUUAUGUGUACAGGAAUGUUUUCAAUUUGAUACCGGGAUCGGUGGGUAGGUUUGGGAGGCUAAGGAAUUUGAAAUUUUUUGGGAAUGAGGUUAAUUUGUUGCCGGAGGAGGUUGGGGAUUUGGUCGGGUUGGAAUGUUUGCAGGUCAAGAUCCCGCUUCUGGGGUUUAGUGGGUUGGCUUUGAGCAAGUUGAAGGGGCUCAAAGAGCUGGAUAUAAGUAGGAUACCGUCUCGGCCUUCUGUCUUGACCAUGUUGAGCGAGAUUGCUGGGCUCCAAUACUUGACCAAGCUUUCUGUUUGUCAUUUUUCUAUAAGAUACCUUCCUCCAGAAAUUGGCUGCUUAAAAAAGUUGGAACACUUGGAUCUUUCAUUCAAUAAGAUAAAGAGUUUACCCACAGAAAUAACAUAUUUGACUGCCUUGAUAUCAUUAAAAGUUGCCAAUAAUAAAUUGGUGAAACUCCCUGUGGGUUUGUCCUCCUUGCAACAAUUAGAGAACUUGGAUUUGUCAAAUAAUAGGUUGGCUUCGUUGGACUCUCUUGAACUGGGAUUAAUGUGUAACCUUCACACAUUGAAUCUUCAGUACAAUAAACUUCAAAAUUGUUCUGACAUACCUUCAUGGAUAAACUGCAAUUUGGAUGGAAAUGCCAAUGCCAUGUUCAAUGAUGACCUAAUUAGCUCUUCAGUUGAGAUGGAUGUAUUUGAAACUGCCAUUCAGGAUGAUAAUCGAAGUCCAUACUAUGGCUCUUGUCAUGGUGUCUCUUCAGGCAUAUUGACUGUGUCCUCAUCAAACAAUAGAUGUUUUGCGUCUCGGAGGUCGAGUAAGCGAUGGAAGAGGAGACAUUACUUGCAACAAAGAGCUAGACAAGAACGUUUAAACAAUAGCAGGAAGUGGAAGGGGGAUGGACAUGCGGAAGUAUUGAUUAUGGAGUCGGGUGGAAAUGCACCUGACAAUAUUGCCCUUACUUCUGACACUUAUGCAGAAGGUGCAUCAGACGUUAUAGUCCUUGAUGAUGAUGAAAAGCCCUUACUUUCUGCAGAAUCCAAAAAAGAAAAUUCAGGUGUCAGACUUGAGGAGACUAAACUUAAUUCCCAGAAGGGGAUCCGUGUUGAAAAUGGUUCAUCCAUUGAACUUAAGGUUAAAAGUAGAAAGUCUAAAGAUGAUUGUUCUGCUCAUGAUGCAGCUUUGGCCACACUACUGGACAGAGAGCAGGAUGAAGGUUCAUCAUCAGAACUAUGCAGAUCUACUACUAAGUCUAAAAGGCAUUCUGAUAGGGAUCUUGAUAAUCCAAAACCAUGCAAGUCUCGCAAAGGAACAGAUUAUAGCCUUAGUUUAUCACGCAAGUAUAGUAACAUGUCGUUUUGUGGUACUGAAGACCAUCUACCAGAUGGCUUUUAUGAUGCAGGACGUGACCGGCCCUUCAUGCCACUGCAGAGCUAUGAAAACAUUUUGCCUCUUGACUCACGUGAAGUUAUUCUCAUUGACAGGGAAAGAGAUGAAGAGCUGGAUGCAAUUGUUCUCUAUGCUCAAGCAAGGGUAUUUCAUUUGAAACGAAUGAACAGUUUCACUAAAGAGAGGGAGCGGGCAGCUGGUCAUAAUUUGCAGAUAGCAUCAUGGCUUGCUCUCUUUGUAUCGGAUCAUUUUGGUGGUAGUGAUAGAAAUGCUAUUGUUGAAAAGAUGAGAAAAACAGCAUCUGGUAUGAACUACAGCAAGCCUUUUGUUUGUACCUGUUCGACUGGAAAUAGUGACACUAACAACAGUAGUACAUCUACAAAGAUUCUAGACACUGUAGAAGAUAUAUUUUUUUCUGAUCUCUGUGAGAGUUCUUUACGGUCUAUAAAGACGAAAAGGAAUAACAUUGUAGUUCCUAUUGGAGCACUGAAGCACGGUGUUUGUAGGCACAGGGCACUACUCUUUAAGUAUCUAUGUGAUCGAAUGAAGCCACCAAUUCCAUGUGAGCUUGUCAGAGGUUACUUGGAUUUCAUGCCUCAUGCAUGGAAUGUUAUUGUCAUCAGGAGGAAUGAUUCAUGGAUCCGCAUGGUAGUCGAUGCUUGUCGUCCACAUGAUAUAAGAGAAGAGACGGAUCCUGAAUAUUUUUGCAGGUAUGUUCCUCUUACAAAGGUACGCACUUUAGAAGUGUGCGGUGCAUCAGUUGAGGAAGUUAAAAACUUUGAGUAUACUUGUCUGGGAGAAGUGAGGAUAUUGGGUGCUCUGAAACACCCCUGCAUAGUUGAAAUGUAUGGACAUCAGAUAUCUUCCAAGUGGGUCCCUGCAGGGGAGGGAAAUUUAGAGGGUCGUGUAUUGCAGUCUGCUAUUUUGAUGGAGUUCAUAAAAGGAGGAUCUUUAAGGAGUCAUAUUGAGAAGCUAGCAAAAGCUGGUAAGAAGCAUGUCCCUGUAGACUUGUCAUUGUGCAUUGCAAGGGAUGUUGCAUGUGCAUUAGCAGAGCUGCAUGCAAAGCAUAUUAUUCAUCGAGACAUUAAAAGUGAAAAUGUACUGAUUGAUUUGGAUGAGAAGAGAUCUGAUGGGAGACCUAUUGUCAAGCUUUGUGAUUUUGAUAGAGCUGUGCCUCUUAGGUCUUCUCUGCAUACAUGCUGCAUUGCUCAUGUUGGAAUUCCUCCUCCCAAUAUAUGUGUUGGAACACCUUGUUGGAUGGCUCCAGAGGUUUUGCGGGCCAUGCAUAAACCCAACUUAUAUGGACUAGAAGUGGACAUUUGGUCAUAUGGAUGCCUGCUUUAUGAAUUGUUGACUCUACAAGUUCCAAAUUGCGGACUGCCUGAAGUACAAAUUCACGAACUUCUUCAGUCUGGAAAACGGCCACAAUUAACAAAAGAGCUGGAGGCAUUGCAAUCUCUGAAUGAGACCACCAUGUCUCAGUCUGGUACAGAGCUUGAGGGAUCAGAAGCUGAAGUAGAAGCAAUUAGAUUUCUUAUAGAUGUGUUCCGCCGCUGCACGGAGGAAAAUCCAUCUGACCGACCAACGGCAGAAGAGCUGUAUAACAUGUUGCUUGAACGCCAAGUGACUUCUGGAGUUCAAAGUUAGGAAAAACAAAGUCUGGUGCCAUUAGGUAAUAAAAAAUAAUCCCUUUUCUUUUCCCAAAUUUUUGUAGCCCUAGCGAGGUUGUUGUUUGUAUUUAUAGAAUUUAACAUUUAUUCACACCAAUUUGGAUAAAAUAUUUGGUUUUCUUAGGAAUUAAUAUCCCUGACAAUUAGUCACACUGAUUAGGUUUAGCAGCCUCGCCGAGCCAUGUCCCCCGGCGAAUUAUGUCAUUUGUAAUCUGAACAGAGAUGUAUAAAUUCUGGAGGCACUUUGUUCUGAUCCGUCUGUUGGAACUGUU